AUUUUCAGGGUUGUGCGGAAUGAUAUACAGUUUUGUACUGACCAGUUUUAUAGUCCCGUAUACAGAUGUAACUUCUGCUGCACGUCCAGCAGGAUUCUGAAGUGGCGCAUGAAGUCCACUGUGAAAUCUCUGCUGGUGCGUGGGACAAAUCUGUCUCCUUCAGAGCUGGUGAAAAAGUUGAUGUCACCAGUUAAACUCUGUGAGUAGGAGUGUGAAUUUUGAAUUUCCCCUACAGCAGUCCUACAUGUUUAGCUUGUACCGUUUUAACAGAUUAUACAAACUCGUCCACUUUUUCCAGCUUCAGUACUGCAGCUCACCUCAAACCCACCUUUAAAAACCCAGCAGCUUUUCCCUUCUGGUAAGUAUGCCCCAUCUUGCAGACAUUUGUCUCUCUGUGUUGUUAACAGUAGGCCUAAUACUUUUAACGUUUCCUCUCCAGACUGUGCUGAGAUUGAUGAGGAAAUGUUUAUCUGCUGCAGCUCAAUCUCCACGGUGCCUUGUCAGGCCUGUGCUGAUCCUCCACCAGCAGCUCUCCUUCACCAACCGCCAGCUGAGAUACCCAGUCACUGGAAGGAUCAGCUUCCACCUUACCAGCAGGAGUGGAUACGGCACACACUGUUCAAGGCGACCCCACGUACUGGCAAGCCAGAGCUAGUGUCACAGCUGAAGCUUUGGUGGUAUCCAGCUCUCAUCCACACGCAGCCCCCCGCCUCGCCUGACCACUUCUUCUGUCGGCCGUUGUUUUUGUGGAUGCCCCAGAAGAUGUGGCUGUUUCCUCUGGUCUGUGUUCAUCCAGCCUGUGGCAAGCACAGACUAACAGCUGCAGGAAUGUACAGAACAGUGCGGAAGGUGCUGGACAUUGAUGGGUGGUAUGACCUUGCCACUGAGUACCUGGAGUGCAAACGCUGCUCCAAAAAGUAUCCUGCUUGGUCUGAAGACAUCUUAGGCCAGCUGGAUAUGGGCCACCGCAGCAAGUUUCCAGCGUUGUUCACUUACAGGUAAUUCAUAAUUAAUGUCAACCAUUAUUAGGUGCGUUUAUUUCUUUUUGACAUUACACUUCUUCCUUUCAUUAGAUACUCGUGUGGCAUCCGUGUGCUGAGGAUGAUGAAGGAGAGGACAAUGGGCAACAGCGUGACCCAGCUGUACAAAAAGCUGCAGGAAUAACACAGCGAGGCAUGGAUGGAGCAUGUCCUGCAGUACCUAACAGCUUGCGAACCAAUCACAAGGUCCACUGUUGUCCGCCCCUCAGUCUUUGCAGAUUUAAAUAUUGUACUUACAUUUCAUAUUAAGUAACAGUUUUUAACUCCUUAUCUUUUCUGAAUAGGUCACGAAGAAACUUGCUGGUGCUGCUGCAGGUACAGCUGCCUGGUGCACCAAUGUCGGAAACGAGUACAGUCAAGUCCUUGUCUCGGUUCUGACAGCUGGUAAGGGACAAGCACUUGACACCAUGGCAGCUGGCCUGGUGAAGCGGUACAGGGAGGCAGGUGAGGUGUCACCACUGAGGCAUCUUCAUGGCACGCCUGUCCACGUGCAUUUUCGAGUGGGAUCCAGAAGACGUUGCUGCUCUUCGCCAUGCCAAGGAAGGUGAGCUGGCAGCAAGAAAUGUUGGCCACAUAUCGGAGGAGGUGGUGGACACUCACAUCACCCGGAGGGAGUUGGCGCUGCACUGCAGGAGGAGGACCAGAGGGGUGGAGGAGACCAACAGACUGAUCAGUCUGUUUGACAGUGUAAGUGGGAAGGACACUGUGGGCGUUCCUCUGCUGGACCAUGAACGGAUCCAGCAGAUAUGGAAGGAACAGCAGAAACACCUUGGUUGUAUCCAAGACCCAGAAGACUUCCAGCUCUACAUUAAGACGGGCACCUUGAAGAAGGGCGGCGUGGAGCUGUGCUGCUACAGGUGUGCCCGUGGCUCUACCUCCCUGGAGUCCUUUCACCUCCACCUGAACAGAUUAAUUCCAGGAACCAGCGCCAGUGAUGUGCAUUUCCAGGCGUAUCUUCUGGAAGGGCUGAUGCGCUGGAAUGAUGACCGGAUGGAGAACGCCGUAAAGGGAACACCUUCCAUCCGCUCCUAUGGCAGUGCUCUGAGCGAGGCGGUGGACCAGCUCAGCCAAAAGGUGCUAGGGAGAUGCUGGGAUGAGUGUUAUCGCACCCCUGGAGCGUACAUGGGUGAAUUGCUGGGAAUGGAGUACUUGUACAGCCAGACUGGCAAGGAACUGACUCCAGUGCUCCAGAGCCCAGAAGAGGAGGACAGGCUGGUGGAGGAAGUCAAUGAUUAGGACUUCCAAGAUGAGGGCUUUGUCGAAGAG